AACACGUUUCAUUGCGUGCGAAAUAGCGAGAGAGUCUCUUUUCGGCCUUUUUUCCCCCGUGAUUCAGUCGCAGGCUUCAGUGGUUUUGUAGAAGAGACAUUUACGAACAAAUUUAAAGCGAAUUUUUAUUUAGCUCCGGUGCAAAUUAUCGAAGAUUAUUCGUUCUCCAUCUAAGUUUUUAGAUCACACUUCCAAAACCCUAGAUUUCGAGGGGAGAGACAAUCAGAUAGAUUGUCUUUAAUCUCUCUUUCUCGAAUUUGAAUAUAUCUGUGCCAGAGAAACUAUGGUGCACCGAAGAACAUCCAAGUUGCUAUUCCUGCUAUGCUUUUUAUCCUGUUCUCUAAUCGCCAUUGCAGCGAAGAGCUAUUAUGAUAUUCUGCAAGUGCCGAGAGGUGCUUCGGACGAGCAGAUGAAACGGGCCUACAGGAAACUUGCGUUGAAGUAUCAUCCCGAUAAGAACCAAGGCAACGAGGAGGCUAACAAGAAAUUUGCUGAAAUCAAUAAUGCUUACGAAGUGCUUUCUGAUAGCGAAAAGAGGAGCAUUUAUGAUAGGUAUGGGGAGGAGGGUCUCAAACAGCACGCUGCCAGUGGUGGCAGAGGUGGCGGGAUGAACAUUCAAGACAUAUUUAGCCAGUUCUUUGGUGGAGGUCCAAUGGAAGAAGAAGAGAAGAUUGUUAAAGGUGAUGAUGUGAUUGUUGAAUUGGAUGCAACUUUGGAAGAUCUAUACAUGGGGGGGUCAUUGAAGGUAAUUUUGCUCCUUAUUUUGUAUCUUAAGUUGGAAUAUCUGUGUGGUCACAAGCAAAUUGGUCCAGGGAUGUUUCAGCAGAUGACUGAGCAGGUCUGUGAACAAUGCCCUAAUGUGAAGUAUGAAAGGGAAGGCUAUUUUGUGACUGUUGAUAUUGAGAAAGGGAUGCAAGAUGGGCAGGAAGUGGUGUUUUACGAGGAUGGUGAGCCCAUAAUUGAUGGGGAAGCUGGAGAUCUGAGGUUUCGCAUCCGUACCGCAUCCCAUGACCUCUUCAGGAGGGAAGGCAAUGAUCUACACACUACUGUUACUAUAACCUUGGUGCAAGCUCUUGUUGGUUUUGAGAAAACCAUCAAACAUCUUGAUGAUCAUUUAGUGGACAUUGGCACAAAGGGAGUUACAAAGCCCAAGGAAGUGAGAAAAUUUAAGGGUGAAGGUAUGCCCUUGCAUUUCAGUAACAAGAAGGGAGACCUUUACGUCACAUUUGAGGUUCUGUUCCCAACUUCACUAACGGAAGAUCAGAAGACACAGAUUAAGGCAAUUCUUGGUUGAGAUGAGAUAUUAAAUUUUGUAUCUUCAGCGGCUCCUGCUUUGCUUCUCCGUAGCGUGAUGAUAUUCAUGAAAGCAUUUAGGCUUUGCACCAAAAUAGGAAAGCAUUUAGGGGUAGGCCAUCCUAGCGUUUGGCAUUCUUUGGCCCUGAUGGGUCACUAGUAUAUCAUAUUUCCAAGAAAUUUUUGCUGUAAUCCAUGCGAGGUAUCCUCCGGUAGGCCACUUUCUUUGCAUAUUGUUUUCGGCCGCUCCGAGGUAUUUACUGCUAGCCCGGUCAUUGUGGACAUCUAACAACGAUAAUACUUGAACUUGUCUGCUUUCCUGUGAGAACGCCCCCAUUCAAUGUUGGAGGCAUUGUCCUGACUCUACUAAAUCAACGGGCAUUUAGAUGUGGUAUUUAGCUCGAAUUUGUAAA